AUGCCCAAUCCGUCCGCAGGCAGUGCCAACCCCUCUGCAUCUCUGUCCUCGCUCUGGGGAUAUCUACUUCCAGCACUAAACCAUAUUGUCCGCUCACCCACGAACUCAACUGAAAAAGCGCCCGUUAUCGACGUUUCAUAUCACAUGGGCAUACACACAGCAACCUACAACUAUUUCACGAUGCAAGUAGAAGCUGUCAGCACUAACAAGGAGCGCGAAAGACUUACGCCUAGCGGAACGGAUUUGUAUGAACAUAUCGACAAGUACUAUGCGGAAGUCGCCCGGGAGCUGUUACUUGGAGCCCCAGAGGAUGAUUCAUCUCUGAUCCAUUACAUCGUUCCGUGUUUCAACCGCUACGCUGCUGGCGCACACUCCGUGAACCGUCUUCUCAAUUAUGUGAACCGACACUAUGUGAAACGCGCCGUCGACGAAGACAGAGGCUGGCUCACUCUGAGCGAUAUUUUCGAUGCUGUUGCGAAGGCUAUACAGGACGGGGAUACGAAAGAGAAGAUUUCGAAUAAGUUAAAGGAGAGGCGGACGGUGGAAUUGAAGAAGUGGGGAUGGGAUGAAGGGGGGACGAGCGAGCAGCUUGCACAGGCUGAGUCGUGUGCGGAGGCGGCAAGUCCGCUUGACCGUGUCGUACCGUUGUCUGCGCUGGCGCUCCGACGGUUCAGAACGGAAUUUAUGGAGCCUUUGCUGGCUGUCCCUAAAUUGAAGGGGAAUAAAAGGAGGAAGCCAGGGGCUCAUAAUGGGAACGCACCCAAUUUACCGAAGGGGCGCCUUGCCAGAGCUGUCAGGGAGUUGCUAGAAAAGCAAGAUGUGGAUGUGGAGGAGAGGAAGAGACUGGUGACAGAACUUGCAAAUGCAAUGCGCGUCACUGGCGUACGCGAUGGUCAUCCUCUACGGAAGAAACUGGAUAAGUAUUUGAUGACGGGGACUGUAUAG